CUAACUUUGAAGCUAGUUUGUAUUGGGGAUACAUGGGACUGAGAAAAAAGGAAAGUUUCAGCAAAGGCUUCACUCCCUAUAAAAGCCUGAGAGUCUUGGGGUGGUACAUAUAUUUAGAAGGCAUGAGAGACUGUACACUUUGAUUCCAUGUUUUUUGCCAUGCGUGCUUUAGAUCUUGGGAAACGAAAAUCUAGCACCAGUCUAACAGGUGAACUUUGCAGUAAGCGACAAAAGACUGCAGACACUUCAGAUGGAAUGAAAAGUAAACACGUGUUAACUGAUCAGCAGCUUAUGAUUCUUGCAAUGAAAAUGGGUAAAGACUGGAAAGUCAUUGGUAUUGGAUGCCUGAAGUUGUCCAUUGAAGAUAUCCAACAGAUUGAGGCAAAGGAAGAAGAUGUUAAUAUGUAUAAAUGUAUGAUGCUGCGGAAAUGGAGAGAUUCUGAACAGAACAACGGAACAGCGCGUAGUUUAUAUGAAUGUCUUAAUGGUCAGGCAUCCCAUGAGGUGCUAGAAAUUCUGAAAGGUUUUUUACAGCAAAUGUGAGAUCAUGCGGAAACAGCUUGAAAAACAGGAAUACUGGAAAUAUUCUUCAGUAAAUUUUCCAGUCGCGUAAAAGGAAUUUUGUUGCAAACUUGACUACACUUUAAAACUAAAAAAAAGAAAAUGAUGGACCAAUUAUUGAAACUCAGGGUUAAAUAUACUAUGGGAAGGAAACAAAGUGAGUGGAAUUGUAAACUUCUACAAACCCUUUUACCCCUACUUUUUACUCAAGGCUUCCCAGAGACAUUUGCACAAUCAACCUUCACACCCAGGAGAACUGAUGUAAAAUGUUUUCAGGUCUUUUUAUUUG